AUGCCUCCUAAUUCUAAUGACAUAUUGGAAAAAUUUCGAAAUUUGUGGUGGACCGAUGGGAAUAUACAUCCGAGUGCAAACUGGGAUGAAGCUUCUAAUGUUGAUUGGGAGAAAUAUUCAGAGCGAACUGAUAUGUAUAAUGUGCAUGGAAGAUGGGA